GUACUUACAAACAACUUAUGAUUAAUUAUGUAAGCAAACAAUGUUUAAUCAACAAUAUAAUUACAAUGUUCCUUAAAUAUUGCUGAAAUAUUAAAUACACUAGAGAAGGUGGUGCGGGCUGGUUGCCAGCGGACGUGUCGGGGUGGGAGGUGAUGUGGUCACCAUGGCGGCGGCGCGCUGUCCCGCAAUGGCGCCAUGAUGUCAAACAAGAAGAAGAGGAAGCGGCUCCACCGCAGUGUUAUGCUGGCCAAGAAGAUCAUCAUUAAGGAUGGAGGCACGACUGAAAUCACAGGGUCAUUGGGAGCUGUGGGAGAUCGUGAUGGUUACUCCUUGUUUUGACGGUCAAAGCGAGCAUCGAAGGCAUUGAGCUCAUCUGGAGAUGAAACCCUUUUGUCACCUGUGUUGCUCGAUUUCACUUUCUAAGAGCCUCAAGGAAUAGGUGCACCAAGUGUAUACCAUGCUGUGAUAGUAAUAUUUCUAGAGUUCUUUGCUUGGGGACUUCUGACAGCACCAACGCUUGUGGUCUUGCGUGAAACAUUUCCCAAACAUACAUUCUUGAUGAAUGGCUUAAUCCAGGGUGUAAAGGGAUUACUGUCAUUUCUGAGUGCACCCUUGAUAGGUGCACUUUCAGAUGUGUGGGGGCGAAAGUCCUUUCUCCUGCUGACUGUUUUUUUCACUUGUGCUCCUAUUCCUUUAAUGAAAAUUAGUCCAUGGUGGUAUUUUGCAGUUAUCUCUGUGUCUGGAGUAUUUGCUGUAACCUUCUCUGUAGUAUUUGCUUAUGUAGCUGACAUAACACAGGAACAUGAAAGAAGUAUGGCCUAUGGAUUGGUUUCAGCUACAUUUGCUGCAAGCUUAGUUACUAGCCCAGCCAUUGGUGCAUAUCUUGGUGGAAUUUAUGGGGACAAUCUUGUGGUUAUUCUUGCCACAGCUAUUGCUUUGCUAGAUAUUUGUUUCAUAUUGGUGGCUGUACCAGAAUCUCUUCCUGUAAAAAUGCGGCCUGCAUCUUGGGAAGCGCCUAUCUCAUGGGAGCAAGCUGAUCCAUUUGCUUCACUCAAGAAAGUUGGCCAAGAUUCAACAGUUCUUCUUAUCUGUAUUACAGUUUUCCUCUCCUAUCUGCCAGAAGCUGGGCAGUAUUCCAGUUUUUUUCUUUACCUCAAACAGGUCAUGAGAUUUUCAGCAGAAAGUGUCACUGUGUUUAUAGCUGUCCUUGGAAUCCUCUCUAUAAUUGCACAAACAGCAGUUCUAAGUUUACUGAUGCGAUCUAUUGGAAACAAGAAUGCUAUUCUGCUUGGUUUAGUAUUCCAGAUGUUGCAAUUGGCCUGGUAUGGAUUUGGCUAUGAACCAUGGAUGAUGUGGGCAGCAGGAGCAGUGGCAGCUAUGUCCAGCAUUACUUUCCCAGCAGUGAGUGCACUGGUAUCACGGAAUGCUGAUUCAGACCAACAAGGUGUCGUUCAAGGAAUGAUCACAGGAAUUCGAGGGUUGUGUAAUGGACUAGGACCUGCACUUUAUGGAUUUAUAUUCUAUAUUUUUCAUGUUGAACUAAAUGAGUCACCAGAGAAUGAUGCUGAAUCAUCUGACAGUAAGAAGACAGAAAGCCAUUCUGAGCAGAGCUCGAUAAUUCCUGGACCACCAUUCUUAUUUGGAGCGUGCUCAGUAUUGCUGGCUUUACUUGUUGCCUUCUUCAUCCCGGAAUAUAGAAACAUGUCUGUAAGACCCAGCAGCUGGAAGAAACUUGCUGGUAACCAUGGCCAUGUACACAAUUCACAGCUCCCUUCUGAAGCCAAGGAACCUCUGCUUCAGGAUACUAGUGUAUGACGGCAGUUUGAACACAGAAAACAUUUAAAAACAAGUAUUUAAGAAAAACUGGCGUGGGUCUAAAACAGUAUAGGAUUUUCUGAAUCCAGUAAUUUAGGCAAUACAACUCAGGAUUAUAUUGAUCUCUUCAAGAUGACAAGCUUGCUGCAGGACUGCAGUUAUGAGAGGAAAUUGGCUGCAUUGUAAAUUUUACAAGCAGCCAACUAACUCGUAUAGUUUCUCGGGAGGUUCCUUUUACAGGAGGACUUUAACCUGAUGCUGCUCUCAAUUCCCCAUGACAUGGCUAAACUAAAAUGUGCCAUGUGAAAGAAAAUCUUUAAACACAAUGUGUUAGUAUGGCUCUUUACAUGUUAUGUAAAGAUGUAAUAAAUAUUAAAAACAGGGCUAAAACUAUGGUUGGUCUACACUCUGAUACUGGAGGUAUUGUGCUGUGUCUGGAUCUAGACUCAAAGCUGAUGCCCCAGUGAGACUGAUCCAUUUUGAGUAUUACUGCAGAAGCAAGUAUGGUUAGUUAUUGAGCCUUGUUGUUUUAAAGUAACUUGAAUACAAAACAAAAGCUGAUUUUGGUAAUUUACCUGCAAGUAUUCAAGGCAGCAUGUGACAUUGUAUUUUGUUGUAUCCCUUCAUUCCUGUAUAUACCCAAAACAUUUCACAUUAAAUCCAAGUUUACUGUCACCUGACUACAUGUACAUACAACCAAACAAAACAAUGUUCCUCCGGACCACAGUGCAUCGAUAAAACAUGUAACACACAUAGCACAUAAACCAAAAUAUUACCAUAAAUGAAGUAUAAUUCAAAACACAUGCAACACAGUAAACAGUACAGUAUAUAGUAAACAACAAGCAGACUUUUAACUUGCCUUUGAGACUUUAUCUAGCUGCUUAUUUUGAGUAUCAUGUUAAUGAGAACAUUUUUGAACUGGUGCUGGAAUGCCUUGCUCUUGUGGACAGAGUGAAAUGUGCCCCUGACAUCAGUUUGCUUCAACAAACAAGCUUAAAAGGCAGUUUGCCUUAAUUGCUUGUUUGUUUACUAGGUAUUGUUAAUGUGAUGGGUAUUGUCGUUUAAACCAAAAUGCCACAUUUUCUCUGCCUUUUUUCCUAUGCUUUUGUAAUAAGUAGCAUUUAACUUCAAACCAGGUACAAACAUGAACUUCAGUCCUGCAGCCUUGAAAAUUAUAUUUUGUAUGUUAAUAUUGUGGCCUUUUUAGCAAUAUGAUGUUUUGUGGUAAAUAGAAUUGUGUCAAAUUUACAACAUUGACUUUCAUAAAUUGUUUGUAGUUUCAAAUAAACAUUAUACUGUUUUGUGUUAAAAGAACAGUGC